AAGAACACUUGCUCAAACAUUUAGUCUAGUAUCACUGCAAGAAACGUUUGAUCCCACUGGCACAGAGGAAUAUUUGGCACAUCAAAAACCUCAGUCAAUUGCAGGUUUUAGAAAAUUGUUCACAGCUUUCAAGAAAAUUAAUAUAAUCUACCUUAACAUUCAGAUGCAUUGAUGGCUGACUCAACUGCAGGCAUUGAUAAUGUCACCAGGACAAACUCCUCUAGCAACACCACAUGCCAGCUAUCCUCAAACACCUUGGCAAUGUUCACAAUGGUUGCCUAUUCAUUAAUAUGUACUGUCGGAAUCACGCUCAAUAGCCUAGCUUUCUGGGUGUACUUCUGUCACAUUCCCAGCAGCAACAGCAUCAUCAUCUACUUAAAGAACCUGGUCAUAGCCGAUUUCCUGCUGAUCCUGAUGUUGCCAAUAAAAAUUGUCGGAGGGACCCAAGUGGGCUCGGCAGCACUGGCAAAAAUCUACUGCAAUUUCACAUCGUGUAUCCUCUACCUGAACCUGUAUUCGAGCAUUCUCUUCCUGGGAUAUAUCGCAGCCACACGAUACUUAAAAAUUGUAAAACCACUCAAGAUUUAUGCGUUUCACAAAGUGAAGUCCGCAAAAAUUAUUGCUGGCCUAACAUGGAGUGUGCUUCUCAGCUUUGGAUUUUCUUACAUGCUCCUGACACUGAAAAACUCAUCCCAGAACAGACCGAAAGCCACAGCAACAUGCUUGGACUCGAGAAAAGGUUCAGGAAUUUACUGGCACAUCUGUCUUCACGUUGGGGGCACCGUUCUGUUCCUCUGCGUGCUCAUAGGGCUUUGCUUCUUUUACUUUCAAACAGCAAAGCGUCUCGACAAGUCUCCAUCUCCAAGCUCACUCAAGAAGCAAGCCAAGGCGAAGAACAACAUUCUAAUCCUUCUCGCCGUCUUCUUGGUGUGUUUUGUACCCUACCACACUGCAAGGCUUCCUUAUAUUUUGAGUCAGAUAAAUGUCAUCUCCGGAUGUUUCUGGAGAAAGACGCUCUACCACUUGAAAGAAUCAGCCAUCGUUCUGUCAACACUGAAUGCCUGCUUUGAUCCAGUGAUCUACUUCCUGUUUUGCAAGGCAUUCAGGUCAAAGUUAGGCCUGGAGAAAAUGUCAAAGGACAGUGAUUCACAUAAUGAACUGUCCUUACACGCUAAUGCCACACAUUCUGUACAUGACAAAUCAAGCAGCAGCCAUAUUAAAGUGUGAAAGAACCUAACAGCAAUCUUGCACAAUCACCCUAAACCUGCUAUUGUUCUAUUAUUCCAAUUACCGAGGAAGAAAUAUAUAUAUAUAUAUCUUUAGAAAGUGUAAAAAGUUUUUUCAGCAGGAAAAACCAGAACAUUGCAUUUAUAAUAACGUCUAAUGCAAAAGUGCAUCAGAGCAGAAGCAUUAUUUUUGAAGGUGCCCAGUUUUUUGUUAUUUAAAAUGACAAACAGUGGCCAAGUUUCACGUAGCAAGGUGCCCUAAAACAAUACGAAGCUAAAUUGUGACAAUCUUCCACUGGCGGUGUCAGCUCAGGAAUACAUGUCGAUCAAAGAAGUUUUUUCAGAUUCCAACUUGAAACAUACACCAUCAUGUCUGGGACGACACUUAGCAGCAACAGCAGGAUUCACCACGGUUUAUUCUUUUGGUGUGGACUCCUUGCAUCUACAACCACACUCCCCAGUGGAUCAUUUGGCCCAGCCAUUAUACGAAUACAGAUGACCACAACACUAGCUUCUACGGUCCUCAGAUCUAAAUAGCCUCGUGUUGUUUUAAAUCAUUUGUCAAAUGCUCUAGACUUUGUGACGUGGCAAGUUUCAAUAUACUGUGCUGAGUUGGCAUAAGCAUUCGCUUUGCAAAAGGAAAGGGAGCUGGUGGUGAAUUUAUGUCUGAACAUUAGAAAUGCUCACAUUGUUACCGACAUUGGUAGUAAUUAGUUGUUAAGGUGGAGGAAGGCUGGCAUUUUUUUUAUAUAGAAUACCUACAGUGUGGAAACAGGCCCUUCAGCCCAACAAGUCCACACCGACCCACAGAGCAUCCCACCCAGACCCAUCCCCCUAAUCUACACAUCGCUGAACACUACAGGCAAUUUAGCAUGGACAAACCACCAAGCCUGCACAGCUUUGGGCUGCGGGAGGAAACCGGAGCACUCAGAGGAAACCCACGCAGACACGGGGAGAAUGUGCAAACUCCACACAGAGAGUCGCCCGAGGCUGGAAUCGAACCCAGGUCCCUGGCGCUGUGAGGCAGCAGUGCUAGCCACUGAGCCACUGUGCCACCCCUAAGUACACAUCCAUGCACCAAGCUUCUUGCAUCUCAUUUUACAAAAAUUACUGUACCGAUACCGAAACAUUAAAAGUGAUGAGGUACUUACUGGGUGACAGUCUUCUGCAAUUACAAUGAAACAAAUAUUACAGGAGAAUUGUAUGUAUGUUCAG